AUGUCUGCCCAAGCUUGCCAAGCGGUCUCCGAUAAGCUGUCACUCCAGGCACAGCAAGGGAGGGGUCCUGUCAAAGCAUCUUGGUGGCUUAGCACUGAGGCUUGCAGACUGCAGCAUCCCGAGAAGCAAAGGGGAUCAGUGGGACGCAUGAAUCGAGCCCCCGAGCUCCCGGCGCGAAGUGGAGCAGCCGCUCCGGGAGACGUGGAUUCAUGGAGUGAGUUGUCCGGCGGUUGGGUUGGGUUCAGGAUUCCGCCCCCAAGGAUGGCUGACCAGCAUCCAGAACUGCCUAUUCCGGCAUGGUGGGCCACGCAUCCGGUAGUGAAUCCCCGGACGGUGAUUUGUUUGGAAAUCAUGACAGCGUUCCUUGGGCCUCAGCCCUGUUUUUCUGGUCCGCCACUCUAUCAUCAUCGCGUCACCGCAAGCCGGUUCCGAAUGCUAAGACUUAGAUCCCUGGCGCGCCGCGUCGGCCGUCAGACUGUGCCACGUGGGCUUUCAUCCUAA